CCACUUCAUUUAUUUGCCUUGUUUGGCGAAGGGAUUUACCCGCGGGUUACCUAUAACUAUGCUUAACUAUUAUUACUAUCUUUGACCUUUCGGGCGUUUCCCGCGGAGAGGCUUCCCCACGGGGACAUCUACAACAACUGAUAUAUAGUCUUGAUUCUCGAUUGACAGAUAAACCGUCAGUUCGCUCGAGGGAAUAACUGGAAGUAGAAUAUCAUUGACAUUGAACAGCCGCCGAGAAUCAUUUGCUCCGUUUUCAAGAUGGCCUCAGGCAAUCCCUCAUACCUCAUUAUCGGCGCUGGUGUCUUUGGUGUGUCAACGGCCUAUCAUCUCAUCCAGAAAUACCCCAAUGCAUCGGUGACUCUGGUUGAUCGGGAUGCAUACGAUGCCGAGUCUCGUGUGGCUGCCUCAUGGGAUUGGAACAAGGUUGUUCGCGCCGACUACGACGACAAGAUCUACUGCAGACUGGCCCUGGAGGCUCAGGACAUUUUCAAGGCGGAUCCUCUGUGGCAGCCUUAUUUCCACCAGACUGGCGUCUACUGGAACUGCCGUAGCGACUACGCGCAAAAUGUGAUCACCCAUCACAAGGAGCUCGGCCGCAAUGACGAUAUCAUUGCCCUACCUGUCGCUGAGGCCCGGAAGCUUUACAAUGGGAUCUUUGACAAUGCUGACUACACCGGCGUCAAGGAGGUUCUCAUAAACAGGGCCAGUGGGUGGGCUGCUGCUGGAGAUGCUCUUCGAGCAGUCACGAAAAAGUGCCUGGAAUUGGGCGUCAAGUAUGUGACGGCUGAGGUCGCCACUUUGGAAUUCGACGGUCGUAAUUCGUGCACCGGUGUCAAGACGAAAUCCGGAGAGAUCUUAUCGGCCACGCAUGUUAUCGUCGCUGCUGGUGCUUUCACGCCCACAUUGCUGGAAUGGAGUGCUGCAACGAGUGGCAACACUGGCCUCCGAGCCGGAGAGCGAAUUCUGGCUGCUGGUAUCGCGACAGGAAUGGCACAGCUCGAUGAUGAGCUGUACAAGAAGUUCAAAGACAUGCCUGUUGGCUUCCAGGGUUACACACCCGAGGAAGGCAAGCCCUUUAUUGGUACCCUUCCCCCUACCAAGGAUAGAGAGCUCAAGUGGUGGGGAUCCAAGAUCUUCACAAACACUCAAGAGGUAUUGCCUGGUCGUUAUAUCUCCUCACCACCACCCACACACGACUACAACCAGUGGAAGGUCCCUGGGCCUCUCAAGCAGGACAUUGUCGAGGCCAGGAAUCUGUGGUAUGGGCCCGAGAGUGCGACUUGGAAGAUGACGAAACAUCGAAUUUGCUGGGACGCCUUCACCACUACCUCUGACUUUAUCAUUUCUCCUCACUCUGCCUCCAAGGGUCUCUACGUCGCAACUUGCGGUUCGUUCCACGGUUUCAAGUUCUUCCCUGUACUUGGUAAGUACGUCACACAGAUGCUUGAAGGCGAGCUUGCGCCCGAAUUGGCAGAGAAGUGGGCUUGGGAUCGACAGCGACCGGAUUCGUCCCAAAACGUGGAGUAUCCGAACUCGGAGAUGAAGCAUCUCUUGGAGCGUGCAGCGAAGCUAUAGUGGAAACUACAAGUAU